AUGGAGCUGGGGUAUGCGGGGAGUAGGUGCACCGGGCCGGGCGUUGUGUGGCCGAGCGUCGGGGCGGUGGUGAGGGAGGGAGGCGGCUCGGGGGGUAAGUGGAACGAGUCAGGGAGGGGGCGGACGGAGACACUGGCGCGGGGGUGGAGGAGGGACCUGCUGCUAGGGUUCGUGUCCUGCUCCCUGGACGUGGGCCGUGGGCCGUCCCAAAGGGGCGUUGAUUUCAUAGAACUUCCAUGCCAGCAUUACUUUUGCCAGAGGUGCAUGGAGACAUACUCAAGCAUGCAUGUCAAAGAAGGAACAGUACUGAAUUUGGUGUGCCCUGAUGACAAGUGCAGAGGCGUUGUUCCUCCAAAUUUAUUGAAGAGGUUGCUUGGAGAUGCAGAUUUUGAAAGAUGGGAAAGAUUGGUACUUCAGAAGACUCAUUCAAUGGCUGAUGUAUAAUAUUGUCCAAGAUGCGAAACAGCUUGCCUGGAUGAUGGGAACAAUGCCACAUGCUCCGAGUGCCUCUUCAACUUUUGCAGCCUCUGCAGAGAUCCUUGUCACACAGGGAGGGGAUGCAUUAUUCUUACUCCAGAAGAAAAACUUCUCACCUUAAAGGAACGUGCAAGGGUACACUGCUUGAGCAAAGGUGAUAUAGGCAGGAGAAUUAACUUGGCGAAUGAAAUACGCAGCAUCAAGGAAGUGCUACGUUCUUCCGUUCCAUGUCCGCACUGUGGUGUCGCCAUCUCACGGGUGUCUGGGUGCGACCACAUGUUUUGCAGGAACUGUCGUAAUCACUUCAACUAUAGCUAUGCUAGGAAAGAGGUAAGGGCGGUUGAUUUUAUUAAAGAGGACGAGGUACUGAAACCAAAAGUGAAACUGCCACUAUCAGUCAGCAUCAGACAAUAUCCAUGCCCGAUAUGCCACCAACCACAUCCCAAGAUUGGAAACAACAACCACCUCUUCUGCGAGCCAUGCCAGGUUCAUUACUGUGCUCUUUGUCGGAAGGUGGUGCGGAAGAGCUCGGAGCACUAUGGCCCCAGAGGGUGCAAGCAGCACACUGUCGAUCCUGAGAUCCCUCAGAGUAGAACCAAGAAGAAGGAUGACUCUGGAUCAGAACUUCCGUAA